CAUAUAAACCCUAGCUCUCAUCGUCAUCCCCUUCACCCCCACACCACCUGCAUUUUCACCUCAGCACUAAACGCCGUGAUUCAGCUUUUUCGUUCAUCCGAAAACACCUGUUUAGCUCCUGAAUCAAUCCUUCUAAUCCACACACAUUUCGCAAAAAUCCGGUGGAAAACAUUUGUUGAUCGAUCCUCGAUGUCUUUCGACGGUGCACGUACAGCAGGGGUAUCCGGCGGGAGGCCCGAGCAAGCAAUUGGCCGUGCCAACGGCGGCGCCCUUGUCCCGGGGCUAAAAAAUGGCGCCGCACCGCCGCCGACAUACUCGACGCACAAACUGAGGCUGAACCCCAAUUCGGAUCACAGGCCCGACAAUUACGAGGAAUUGGACCUCGAAUUCAACCCCUUGAUCUUCAGCUCGCUGGAGAGGUAUCUCCCGCCAAAUCUGCUGCCUCAGGUGCGCGAUGUGAAGUUGAAUUACAUGCGCGAGAUUCUUCUCGGGUACUACCCCGAAAACGAGCGAAUUAGGCUUCAGAAGCAUCGGGAGUACAGACAGAAGAUUAUAUCCAAUUAUCAGCGACUCCACCUUGAGCUAUAUGAUAUGCAUCCAACAAACUUUUUCGUGCCUUCAUUCCUCAAGGCUAUCAAUGAAAACACUGAACAGGCUUUUAGAAAUAUAAUGUCGGAGCCUUCUCCUGGAAUCUUCACGUUUGAAAUGCUGCAGCCGCGGUUCUGUGAAAUGUUGCUGGCCGAGGUGGAAAAUUUUGAGAAAUGGGUGCAUGAGACGAAGUUCGAAAUCAUGAGACCCAGUACAAUGAAUAAGUAUGGUGCUGUUCUUGAUGAUUUUGGCAUGAAAAACAUGCUUGAAAAGCUCAUGGAAGAUUUUAUCUGCCCUAUAUCAAAAGUUUUCUUUCCUGAGGUUGGGGGAUCAAUCCUUGAUAGCCAUCAUGGUUUUGUUCUUGAAUAUGGGAUUGAUAGAGAUGUUGACCAGGGUUUCCAUGUGGAUGACUCGGAAGUGUCCUUGAAUGUCUGCGUGGGUAAACAAUUUUCUGGGGGAGAACUCUUUUUUCGUGGAGUACGAUGUGAUGAACAUGUAAAUACGGAAACACAACCUGAGGAGAUAUAUGACUACUCGCAAGUGCCAGGACGUGCCGUUCUUCAUCGUGGUCGUCAUAGGCAUGGUGCUAGAGCCACAACAUCUGGGAAUAGGAUAAACUUAUUGUUGUGGUGUAGAAGUUCUGUAUUCAGAGAAUCCAGAAAAUAUCAAAAGGAUUUUUCCAGCUGGUGUGCAGAGUGCAAACGUGAGAAGAAAGAAAGACACCGCCAGUUAGUUGCUGCCAUUGAUAAGGAUUUGCUGAGGAGGGGUGGGGAAACUGCUACCUGAGCUCAGGUGAAAAAUUGUUAAAAACCUGUUAAGAAAUCGUGAAAAACCUUGGAGCUCAAGAGCAAUUAUUGAUGCAUAAACAGGCUCAAAAUGAUUAGUUUGCUGCUAUCUUUAACCUUGAAGAUCAUAAAGCAUCUCAUGAGAAGACCUAUAAACAGAUCGAAGCUGCCAUAGCUAAAUACUGAGAAAAAAGGAGUGCAUUAACGUAGGACUGAAGUUUUAUGUUGAUCCUUCAGGAUGUCAUAACCCUUGUAAAGCAACAAUGCAGCGAUUUCGUGAUGACUAGAAACAUGCAGUGCCAAGAAAUGAUUGACUAUGUUCAGAAGAAACUAGCUGGUCUUAGUUUCCUAGACAGCAAAAGCAGUAGCUGUUCUUUCCUGCCUGUGUCACAGCAUCAAGCUCAAAUGUCCAACCACCCUCAACAGCCGUUGGAUCAAGGACGCAUGCCCCACACGUCUUACCUUCAAACCCCUACCUACCAGCCACCUCUGCACCCAACAACACCUGCCUAUGCCAGACUCUGCCUUAUGGAUACUCACAACCACCGCCAGCUCCAUAUCAGCCUCCCAGUUCAAAUUAUCCGUACCCUCCUCCCCAACACCAGCAAAGUACGAGUGCUGAAUACAGGCAACCCCCGUGUGGUGGGUGGCAAGGCGAAUACUACAAUGCACCUCCGCAGCAAACUGGGUCGAUGCCCCACCCUCUAUACUAUGGUCAAUCUCCCUAUCCACCUCCCAGCCAAAGCGGCUACUACAGACAAUGAUUGCAUGUUUUCUCUUGUAUCUAUAAGUUUAUUCGACAUCUGUGUUGUUUAAUGUUAUAAAAUGUUUCACCUUGUGAAUUUUUGAGAAAUAAUAUGCAGAUUUUUGCGUUCUCAGUUUC